CACUCCUCUCACUUUCUCUCUCCUCUCUUUCAUUCAUAAUCUUUGACCCCUACCAUUCCAACUGCUUCUGUCAAUUUCUGUACAAUUUUUUUUUAUUCUAUUAAAUUAAAUUAAAUAAAUAAUUUAUUAUUUUUAUUUAUACCCUUCUUAUUUUGAUCGAUUUCUGUGACUUUGAUAUUUAAAUUUGGAUGAUUUAAAUUUGGUUGAUUAUAUACAAUUAUACAUUGUUAAUUGAAGUAGUUGUUCUACAAAUGCUCGGGUUUACCAGAGCACGAAAUCAGUCCAGAAACGGUAGAUCUUUGCCUGUUGCAGGCAUAGAUUACGCUGAUCCAAAGCGGAAGGGUAAUGUCGUAGGUAAAAUAGUUAUAGCUGCUGGGUUGAUUGCAUUUUGCCUUAUUAUGAUCAAGCAAUCUCCAACAUUUAACAGCCCAAGCCAAUUUUCUCGCCGUGAAAUGGGGGUCACUCAUGUCCUGGUAACUGGGGGUGCUGGUUUUAUUGGAUCCCACGCAGCACUAAGACUUUUGAAAGACUCUUAUCGCGUGACAAUUGUGGACAAUCUUUCUCGAGGGAACCUGGCUGCUGUUAAGAUUUUGCAACAAAUGUUUCCAGAACCAGGAAGACUUCAGUUUGUAUAUGCUGAUCUGGGAGAUGCUACUGCUGUAAACAAACUUUUUUCCGAAAAUGCUUUUGAUGCUGUGAUGCAUUUCGCUGCUGUUGCAUAUGUUGGAGAGAGCACUCUUGACCCUCUUAGAUAUUAUCACAAUAUUACAUCAAACACCUUGGUAGUAUUGAAGGCAAUGGUAAAGCAUGAAGUACGUACUUUGAUAUAUUCAAGUACAUGUGCAACAUAUGGUGAGCCUGAGAAGAUGCCCAUAACAGAGGAAACUCCUCAGGUUCCUAUUAACCCAUAUGGUAAGGCUAAGAAGAUGUCAGAAGAUAUUAUUUUGGAUCUCACUAAGCCAAACAAGGACAUGGCAGUUAUGAUAUUAAGAUAUUUUAACGUCAUUGGGUCAGAUCCUGAUGGAAGAUUGGGGGAGGCUCCUAGACCUGAGUUGCGAGAGCAUGGACGUAUUUCAGGCGCAUGUUUUGAUGCAGCUCGUGGUAUUACUCAAGGACUGAAGGUAAGAGGAACAAAUUACAAAACACCAGAUGGCACUUGUAUACGAGAUUACAUUGAUGUGACGGAUCUGGUUGAUGCUCAUGUCAAAGCUCUUGAAAAGGCAACGCCAGGCAAGGUUGGAAUCUACAAUGUUGGAACAGGAAAAGGUAGUUCUGUCAAAGAAUUUGUGGAGGCUUGUAAGAAGGCGACUGGGGUAGACAUAAAGGUUGAUUAUCUCCCUCGUCGCCCAGGUGAUUACGCUGAAGUUUACAGCGACCCAACAAAGAUUAGGGAGGAGCUGAACUGGACAGCGAGGCAUACAGAUCUCCAAGAGAGUUUGGAGACAGCGUGGAGAUGGCAGAAGACUCAUCGAAAUGGCUACGGACCUGCACUAUCAACAGCUAUCUAAAUGGGUGUACCCUGCAUUAGGAUGCCGUUAAGUAGACCCUGUUUUCAGAUGCAUAGCCCCUGACUAGUGAUUGUAGGAGAAGAGGGUGGUUAAAUUCGAGGGUUAUAGGUAUUUAUUCAUUAUUAUUAUUGUUGUUAAAAGGUAUACUUAUUUGUAGGAUAGUUAUUGUAGGAAGCAAUAAUUCAUUUGUUACAUCAUGUCGUCGCCCAAAUAGAUGUAUAAUUAUAUACAAUAAUCAUCCUAGUAGGAGCUUUUAUUGAUUAUGAAUUUUUCUGGGCUCAGGCCAUUAGAUUUACACUUAA